GUUUGCCAAAUCCAGUGUGCCAAAUCCACUGUGUGGCACACUGGACGGUGCACAGUGGUUGGUGGAGCUGACUGGACUUUUUUUCAGCAGUUUUUGGGGAGAAAAAUAAGACAAAUCACAGCACCGUCCCUCAUCACCUCGUCGCUCUCCUUCCCCUAUUCCCCCGGUAAGACUCAGAUUCCCGCACUGCAACCAUGGUGGUGAUGAAGAUGAAGUUCCCCUUUCAGAAAAGGGUGAAGCUCGCCCAGGGACUGUGGCUCCUGUCCUGGUGUGCCACAGUCGCCGGGGCCACGACCUUCACCCUGGGGUGCGUCCUCAAGACGGAGCUUCGCAGGAGGGCAGAGGUCAUGGAUAAUGCAGACGUACAUAUUGUGCCCAACACCCUCAUGAUUGUUGGUCUGGCCUCCUUGGGUAUCAACUACUUUGCGUCAAAGAUCUGUCAGGAUGCCCUGGAUGCUGGGCGGUUUCCUCGCUGGAAGAAUUUCUUGAAGCCCUACUUCGCUGCCUCUUGCUUCUUCACCGUUCUCAUGCUGCUCGCUGUCAUCAUGAGCUACGCAAUGAAGGGCAGUCUGGAGUCUUCUCUGAAGAUCGGCCUGAGGAACGGCAUCCGCUUCUACAAGGACACAGACACCCCCGGACGCUGCUUCCAGAAGCAGAACAUCGAUCGCCUGCAGAUGGAGUUUCAGUGCUGUGGAAACAAUGACUUCAGGGACUGGUUUGAGGUCCAGUGGAUCAGCAACCGCUACCUUGAUUUCAGCUCUAAGGAAGUGAAAGACCGCAUCAAGAGCAACGUGGAUGGACGUUACUUGUUAGAUGGAGUCCCUUUCAGCUGCUGCAACCCCAGCUCUCCACGACCAUGCAUCCAGUAUCAGCUCACCAACAACUCAGCUCACUAUAACUACGACUACCAAACCGAGGAGCUCAACAUCUACCUCCGAGGCUGCAGAGAGGCCCUGGUCAACUACUACAUGGGCCUGAUGAACACCAUUGGAGCUGGAGUGCUGUCCAUCUUCAUCCUACAGGGCUCUGUGCUGGUGAGCUUGCGCUUCCUGCAGACGGCCAUGGAGGCAGUGGCCGGGAAGGAAAACACAGAGAUCGAGACAGAAGGCUACUUGCUGGAGAAAUCAGUUAAGGACACCGUCAUGGAGUACCUUAACCCUGUGCUGAAGUUCUUGCUGCUUACAAACCAGGUGGAAGAGGGAGCCACCACCUCGGGUGCGACCCCAGCUGCCACCUAAACUACAUACAAUGUACACACAUGUAAAUAAUUUUUACACAGAGAGGUAACUAAUGACUGAUUUCAAUUCAAAAAGAAGAACGUGAAUCACAGAUUUCUAUAAAUUUCUAAAAUUUAGGGAUAGUAUUUUUUAUUGUCGGAUCAAAAUCAUCAAUGCAGUAAACGAAAACUGUGUUACUUUACUUUCCCAUUCAAAUUCUACCCUGCUGGUUUGAAACACUACUUAAGAUAAAAUUUAUAUUAUCCUCAAAAUUAAUUUGAACAUUUCUAAAAUUAUAAUUUGGUGAUUUUUAUUCUUGUUACUGACUUUUUCUUUACAGUCUCACUAAAUCUCUUCAUUGCUUUGAAUGUGAUGUGCAUUGCUAAUUGAAUUCUCACAUGAAUUGUCUGUGUCAAGGGCAACAAAAUACCCACUGUUCAACCAGUGGAUAAACAGUAAUUAUUGAGGUAUUGUGCAAAAAUUAUUUGGGGUCUUACAAAAACAAAGAUGUAAAGCUGACUGUAGAGAAAGAUGAGGCAAAAUGCUCCGCUGCGCAACAGCACUAUAUCAUAAUGUAUCAAAUGAUUUAUUAAAGUUUAAAGUUCCUAAAUGCCU